CUAAAAUUCCCUGCUUAGCUUUGAUCGCCAGAUCAUGACUUUCUUUGACGAGGUUCUUAUCUAGGAUUCUCUUUAUUUGAGGAUGUUUAGUGUUAGUUUGUUUAGGCUUUUUAAACUUUUUAUACACGUAAAAGUAGAGAAUAUUAGAUAUAUCUUUUACGUAUAUAUGAGAAUAUCUUUUUCCAAAGAAAUCAGAAAAUCAAUAAGUAACAAACUAACAAUAAACAUCCUCAGAUACCGCAAAACCAAGUCAAUGAAAGACUAUCCUCGUUCAAAAACAAAAAACAAAAAAUAGUCCGUCACUUUCUAAGCAUCACCAUAAAUACAACCUCACCAUACCUUCUCCAACUCAGUAAUUGACUUCUUAAAAGAGAGCAAACUACAAACAGAAACAUCCUUCAUCAUUCAAUCUUCAUCCUUCAAAUGUCAAAAGCAGAACUUGUGCUCGUCCCAACCCCUGGGGCUGGACAUCUAAUCUCAGCCGUUGAAUUCGCCAAGCUUAUCAUCAAACAUGAUGAACAAAUCUCAAUUCUCGUCAUCAUCUUUCACAUGCCAAUCCAUAGUUCCACCACUGUUGAUACCUAUAUCAAGUCUCAAUCCAACGCAAUCGACCCUAACCGCAUUACCUUCCUUACUCUUCCCUCUUUAUCCGACUCCGAACUACCUGAUCCCGCUUCGAGCAAUUUCUUUCACGACACAGUCGUGUUACAAAAGCCCCUCAUUACAAAAGCCAUCAAUGAUCGAUCCACAAAACCAGCUGUGUUUGUGUUUGAUCUCAUGUGUGUCAACUUGAUUGAUCUUGCCAAGGAAUUUCAAGUUCCUUCUUAUGUUUAUUUCACUGCUGGUGCAUCUUUGUUAACUCUCAUGUUUCAUUUUCAAGCGCUUUUCGAUGAUCAUGGGAUUGAUAUUGCUACUGCGUAUAGUAACUCGGAUGAUUCCGAGUUAAAUCUACCCGGGUUUAAAAACCGGGUGCCCGCUAAAGUGUUACCAUCCUUGAUGUUUGACAAGGAAAGUGGGUGUUCAGCGUUCUUUAAUGAUCUAACUCGAAAGUUUCGAGAAUGUAAAGGAAUUCUUGUUAAUACUUUCAUGGAGUUAGAGCCGGGUAUUAUCAAGAGUUUGCAGGAGCAGGACAAGACUCCUGAUGUAUACCCUGUCGGGCCCAUUUUAGCCCUCCAUGAAAACAAUCAUGGUGACUGUCGAGAAAAUGAUAGAGAUGCGAUAAUGCAAUGGUUGGACGAUCAACCUGAUUCCUCGGUGGUGUUCCUAUGCUUCGGGAGCAUGGGAAGCUUCGAGGAAGAGCAGGUUAAGGAGAUAGCCAAUGGACUAGAUCGAUCCGGACACCGCUUUUUGUGGGCUCUACGAAGGCCUGUAUCUGAUAACAGUUAUGUGCUUCCUAGUGAGAAGGAGACCUUCGAAGAUGCCCUUCCUACGGGAUUCUUGGAUCGUACAGGACAUAGAGGGAAAAUUAUUGGGUGGGCACCUCAAGUUCAGGUGCUCGCACAUCGAGCUGUGGGUGGGUUCGUGUCACAUUGUGGAUGGAACUCGAUACUAGAAGGGUUGUGGUUUGGUGUCCCAAUUGCUACGUGGCCCAUGUACUCGGAGCAACAAGUGAAUGCGUUUGAAAUGGUAAAGGAAUUUGAACUAGCUGUUGAGGUUAGGAUGGAUUAUCAGAGGAAUUUAAUGAAGACAAGUGCAAAUUUUGUGGUUACAGCUGAAGAGGUUGAAAAUAGUAUCAAGAAAUUAAUGAGUAUGGAUGAUGCAAUGAGGGGUAGAAUUCAAGAGAUGAAGAACAUAAGUAGGAAGGUUUUGGAAUCUGGUGGAUCUUCUCAUAAUUCAUUGACUCGUUUUAUCAGCACAAUUUUAGAAAACGUUGGUCAUCAGUAAAUUUAGUAGUUAGAAAAGGUGUGAAAUUUCUUUCCCUCUUCUUUUGAGGUGAAAAAAAGUGUGUGAAUAAAGUAGUGGGGGUAGUUUUUGUUUCUUGUUUAGCAUUGCAAAAACAAAAAAAAUUGCACUGUUUGAAUUAUGUAUUCACUUUAAGCUGAUCGAAAGUUCAUUGCAGUUUCA